CUUUGGAUGUCAACUGGUUUUCCUUAGACAUUUUUAAGAAAAAUGGAAUUUAGUUCAUUCGGAUUGUGAAAUCAUGACAGUGACCUACACCUCCAGUGUGAGCACCUCGAGUGUUGUUAGCAACUUUUUGGGAUUACUUUUAAGAUGGCGCGGAAGCAUCUACAAGCUUGUUUGGCACGAUCUGUUGGCUUUUAUGGGCUUGUACUUCCUUUUGGCAGUGGCCUAUCGCUUUCUGAUGAAUGAACAUGGCAAGAAGCUUUUUGAAAACAUUUCCGAGUAUUGCACGCGAAACGUGGGUCUCAUACCUCUGUCUUUCGUGAUGGGCUUCUAUGUGUCCAUCGUGAUGACUCGCUGGUGGGCCCAGUACUCCACCAUUCCAUGGCCGGAUCCGGUAGCCAUCUUAGUCAGCUCUAACCUCCAUGGCUACGAUGACCGAGCCAGGGCUAUGCGACGAACUAUCCUGAGAUACGUUUGCCUCUGCCAGGUGAUUGUUUUCAGCAUGAUCUCCCCUCGUGUGAAGCGGCGAUUCCCCAACUACGAUCAGUUCAUUGAAGCUGGCUUCCUGCUGGAGAACGAAAAGACCAUUAUUGAAAAUUUGGAUGGGGCCUUUCCGAAGUAUCCGAAACACUGGAUGCCCAUCGUUUGGGCGGCUAGUAUUGUGAUGAGAGCCAGAAGUGAGAAUAAGAUACGCGACGACUACGCCGUAAAAACAAUUAUUGAUGAAUUGAACAAGUUUCGCGGAUAUUGUGGUUUUUUACUCUACUACGACUGGGUCAGUGUGCCAAUGGUUUACACACAGGUUGUAACAUUGGCAGUCUACUCCUUUUUUCUGUUCACCAUCCUGGGACAACAGUGGACACAGAACGAACGCUCCCACAUUGGGGAAUCGGUUGUGAAGUGGUUUCCAUUCCUGACCAUUUUGCAGUUUUUCUUUUACAUGGGCUGGCUCAAAGUGGCAGAGGUUUUGAUUAAUCCCUUCGGAGAGGAUGAUGAUGAUUUCGAGCUUAAUUGGAUUAUUGAUCGGAAUAUAACAAUCUCGUAUUUCGUAGUGGACGAAAUGCAUCAGGAGCAUCCGGAAUUGGUCAAGGAUCAGUAUUGGGAUGAAGUUUUUCCAAAUGAAUUGCCAUACAAGCAGCACCAGAUGCGUUCAGGUCCUCCUGAAGCCUCUACUGCCCACAUAGACACAGAAUCGAAAUCAAAGGACAAAAAGAAGGGCUCGGUCACGACCAUGUCGAUAGGGAGCGAACACAGUAACGUAAGCACCCGUAGUAACCGUAGUCGCCACAGGAGGCUCACCCCGAGUUUCGUGCCUGGGCCUUCUACCAGCGGAAGCUUUACGGACUCCUUUUUAUUGAGUAUCGGACAGUCGCGAGUGGCCUUCAGUGAUACUAUUAUUGGUUCGGAACAGGAGCACCUGGGCACUGAGUCUCAGGAUACAAUGGAUUUCAAUGAGUUGAUAGAACAACGGCGUCGGGAGCGCAGAGAUCGCUUGCGCCAUCGCUUCAUGGACAUGCGUCAGGGAACUACACGGCACGCCUCUUCGGGAGCUCCUUACAGGAUCACGGUGCUUCACCCACCAUCCGACGAGGCCGUGGGCCAGGAGGAGGCAGACGGCGAUGGUAGCCAAGGUACCAUAAAGGGUCCCCCAUCCAAGAAGCCUUCAGCCACUGAAAAGAAACCUGACGAGGAAAAAUAGAGAACUUGAUUUAGGGAAAAACGAUAUUUUAUUAUAUUAUAAAAUAGUAAAUUUCACUCUUUCUUUUCCUCCUUA